CCCCCCCUCGGUGCCGGCGGAGCGGGGCCCGCUGGGCUGCGCGCCCUGACGGAGCCGAGGUUCCCCUCCGCGCUCCAGCCCUUUCCCCGCCGGGUCGUGGCUCUGCUCCCGGCCGGACCAUCCGUAGCGAUGUGGAGCCGCUCCCCUCGGAGCUCGUUCCCCUGAGGGCCGUUCUCCGCGGAGGGGGCCGGUGCCGGGCGGCCCAGCGCCCCGGGAUGCGCGGCUGUCCCGGGCGAGCGGCUCGGUGCUCUGCGGCUGCCGAAGGGUUAACGCGCGUUAGCAGCAGCGCGGGCAAGCUGCUCGUGUCCACCUCCCCCUCAGCUGCUCCGUCAGUUGAAAAGAAAGUGUGAAGGAGGUGUUUCCCACUAUUAGCUCAUCUUCACCGUACCUCUUCCAUUCUGCUUCCUCCUUCUUAUGAUCCCCAAGUGAAGAUGAGUGACCUGGUGCCACUAUGACAUCUCUGACAAGUGUCAUUGCCUCCCACCAGUCUGAGUGGGUGUCCUUCACUGAUGAGCUGCUCCUCCCUGUUCACCCACGAGGUAGCACGGAGGCUCCUCCGGUGAAAUGUUUUCGUUCCUCAGACACAUCCUCAGGAGAGAACAACAAUGCAAAUGGAGAAUUUCAAGACCUUUUCUGCACAGAGCUGGAGGAGGCAGCUGUGCAUCCCCAGGUGGAUUCUGCUGUGCUUGGUAACCAUGUGUCCCCCAGCACUGAUCUGUCAUCAUCCAUCAGUGCUUGGGUUCAGUUUGAAGAUGCACCAUGGACCAGUGCUUCAUCAACCCACCCACAAACAGUGUCUGCAUCAAAAGCACCCAGCUGGACUUCCCCCUCUUCAAACUCUUCUGAGAGGCAAGCCCGUGCCUCAGAGAGCAGCUGGACAACCAACUCAGAGGACACCAGCAGCCCAAGCAUUGCUCCCUCCUACACAGAUCUGCAGUCACUUCAUACCGAGGACUUGACCAGUGGUAGAACAUCUGCAGCAGAUUCAGCUGACAAUUCCUCGUCUCUCCAGGAAGAUGAAGAGAUAGAUAUGGAGGCUGUCAACUGGCAGCUGAACAACACCUCCAUGAAUGGCCAUUCAUCGACACCAACCACAGUUCGCUUUCCCAGCUGGGUGACUUUUGAUGACAAUGAAGUCAGUUUUUCACCACAGAGCCUUUCUCCCUUGAAAACAGAUACCCCACCUGCAGAAACACAGGCUCCAGAUGUUAACUUUAAUCACACUACAUCCUUAAAGAAAAGAGAACGUCCUAAAAGCACACUGGGAGACCUUUCCAAAAUUCAAAAACUAGACCUCUCCUCUUUAACCAAGUUGCCUUCUGUUGAAACACCACCAUGGAGUGCUACUAAUCCCUUUCUGGAUGAAUCUCUUCGAGAUGUCCAACCCUCACCCAUCAAUCCAUUCAGCUCGUUCUUUGAGGAGCAAGAGAGGCGUUCCAAAAGCUCUUCUGUCUCCAGUGCUCCAGGCAAAAGCCAAAGAGACUCUCUCAUUAUUCUCCACCAAGAGCCUGAUACCAUCAGUUUCCAUGAGGGAAGCAAAACUGUAACCCACACAGAUGCUGUAGAGCAGCUCAAACAGCUCCAGAUUGGAGACCCAGAUCGUGUGAGCAGUCCUACCUUGCCUGAUGAUGACCCCAUGAUGCCAUAUGAUCUGGAUGCAGCUUUAUGUAACCUGGCACCAGCUCAGCCAAAGGAUGGAUGGCCAAUGAUGCUGAGGAUCCCAGAGAAGAAGAACAUUAUGUCAUCCAGGCACUGGGGACCAAUAUAUGUCAAGCUGACCAACAGUGGAUGUAUACAGCUUUUUUAUGAGAAGGGACUAGAGAAGCCUUUUCGGGAACUCAAACUGGAAAUCAAUCAUGAGAUUUCAGAGCGCAAACUGCAGAACUACGAUGAGAAUGGAAGGAUACACAGCGUGCGGUUGGAUCGCACAACAUACAAGGAGAAAAAGAAGUAUCAGCCUAAGCCUGCCAUUGCACACACUGCAGAGAGAGAGCAAGUUAUCAAACUUGGGACUACAGAUUAUGAAGACUUCCUUAGCUUCAUCACUGCUGUGCAAGACACACUGAUGAACUUGCCAGCUUCAUCAACAGAUCUGAGCACAGUGGGACUGAAUUAUCAAGAAGAAGAAAUCACUGUGGAUGUCAGGGAUGAGUUUCAUGGCAUCUUGGCCAAGGGAGAUGGUGUGAUUCUCCAGCACAGUGUGCUGACUCAUAUCUAUGUUCUCAGCUUCCUUUCUGGUCUGGCAGAAUGCAGACUGGGUCUUAACGAUAUCCUGAUUAAAGGGAAUGAAAUAGUUGCAAGGCAGGAUAUUAUGCCCACUACUACCACUAAGUGGAUUAAAUUAUACAGCUGCCGGUUCCAUUCAUGUGUGGAUGAGGAUGUGUUUAAUAACUCCCGUAUUAUCCUGUUCAACCCCUUGGAUGCCUGUCGGUUUGAACUGAUGAGAUUCAGGACCGUCUAUGCUGAGAAAACUUUGCCUUUUACUCUGAGGACAGCUGCCAGCAUCAAUGGUGCUGAGGUGGAGGUGCAGAGCUGGCUGAUGAUGUCCACGGGGUUCUCUUCCAAUCAUGACCCUUUAACUCAGGUCCCUUGUGAAAACGUGAUGAUCCGCUACCCCGUGCCAAGUGAGUGGGUGAAGAACUUCCGCAGGGAGAGUGUCCUGGGGGAGAAAUCUUUGAAAGCCAAGGUGAACAAGGGAGCCACUUUCGGAUCAACCAGUCUGUCUGGUUCUGAGCCAGUAAUGAGAGUAACGUUGGGAACUGCCAAAUACGAGCAUGCCUUUAAUUCCAUCGUGUGGAGGAUAAACCGACUGCCUGACAAAAACUCAGCUUCUGGCCAUCCUCACUGCUUUUUCUGCCACCUAGAGCUUGGCUCUGACCGGGAAGUGCCUUCCAGUUUUGUCCGCUAUGUCGAUGUGGAAUUUGACAUGCCCACCACUUCUGCGUCCAAAGCCGCUGUUCGCUCCAUCUCUGUCGAGGACAAGACUGAUGUGAGGAAGUGGGUCAACUAUUCAGCACACUACAGCUACAAGGUUGAAAUAGAGCAGAAAAAAAGCUUGAAUGAUGAUCUGAAGGGAGAAAGUACUGCAAAUGUCAAUGAAUGUGCUACACAGUAAAGGAAGAUCAGUCUGCAGUCCCAAGAGGGGUGAUCAAAUUAACAGACCUGGAAGAAAGGACUUGCAGGGGUGGGGUAUUUAUAUUUUAAAAAAUUCGGGACUACUACAUUUAAAAUAAUGCUCUGAAGAAUAUAAUUUUUUCUUUGUGAUGAUCCAUACUUUGAGAAGAAUGUGGUCAGUGGCUUGUUUGGAGGGGAUCCACAUGCUUUUGCUGGAACAGCAUAAAUACAGUUGUACAGUCAAGCCUGCCUUUUCUACCUUUUCAUCAUUUAGGUUCUGCACCCAAGUAUGGUCUGGCAACCAUCACAGCCACACCAGAAAACAGCCUUUAUCUCACAGUCUUGCCCUGCCUCAUUAAGCAUUUUAUUUCAAUGCCAUUUGGUUUGGCCAUUGACUGAAUUGCAUCCUUCUGAACUACCAAAUAAAAUUCAGGGAGGAUCAAGUGAAAAAAUUAUAUAAAAUCUACUUUCUGAAAUGGUCCACAGAGUGAAAACCUUGAGCAUCAUUCUGGAGAAUCAAUACACUGCAUCUCAGACAAAAAUAAUGGUUUCUGUGUUUAAGUAGAUGAACUACAGACAGGACAGCUGAUCACAGAGCUGUUCUUCUGUUCAGUCUUUUCUGUCUCAUCCUUCAAAUGACAACAUGUCACUGUGCACAUUUUCACAGGGUUUGCACAAGUUACAAGAAAGCCUCUGCAAUUUCUUAAAAUUUUUACUUUGUAGUCUGAGCUGUUCUGGUAUCUUCACUGAACAUGGUCAUGGCUGCUAGCAAUAGGGAAUGUGUAUUACAAUAGUGGAGAUACCAGAGGGACUUUGCUGAGAUUAGAUCAUUCCUGCCUAGAAAGAUAUUUAAGGGAAAAACAUGGGGGUUUAGUUUUGGAUUUGGGGUUUUUUGUAUGUUUUCUUGGAUGGGUAAAAUGGUGGUUAUUGAAAAUGUCAGAACACAAUUACUUUAACAGACAAUGUUGUUUAUUUUUCUGAAAAUCCUUGGAAGUCUGUCCAGCACAAUAUUGUUUUCAUGUUCUGUUUUGAACUUAGAAUACAAGUAACUUGUAUCUUUAUAAUAAUCCCACUAACUGGGUCCCAAAAUAUCUUUCCAAAAAUUAACAAACUUCUAUUCCCACAUUUUCCCACUUAGCUGGAAGUAAUAGCAAGUCUUAACACCUCUUUCUAAAUAAAAGUGCAGAAGACAUAAAUCACUCGUUUACACAUAUUUUCAGAGAAAACAGUGUUAAAAGUACCCAUUUUUAGUUGUUUCUGUGGCUUGUGUAAUAUUUUGUCUCGUAACGUUAAAUGUAAAUUAAGUAAUUUAUUAAAUCAUUUAUCUUUUGAAAGG